AUGAAAUGGAUAAAGGUAGAAGAAAUCGGAGAAAAGGGUAGGUUGGAACUGAUUAAAAUUAUACGUACAGUAUUUGAAGAAGAAGUACUUAAGUGUAAUAGUGAGCAGCUUGACAGUCUAUUGGGAAAAAUACAAACUAUUUUAGACAGCAAAACAAUGAGUAAAAAUGAAGAAAGUGUGAAAGCAAGAGAGAAGAGUGAACAGGAACUGAAACAGCUCGAAACACAGUAUGAAAAGUUACUAGUAAAGCAGGAAAAACUCAAAGAUCAAAUAAAUACUGUCCAAACCCAAAAUGAAACAGCUGAGAACAUAACGAUAACUCGUGAAUCAGUAACACAACAAGACAAGCAACAAAGUGCAUUUCUUAACAUGAAAACAAGUAUGCUCCGUCAGGAAUUCAUGAUACAAGGACAAAUCGGAGAGCCAGGACAUAAAGAUAAACUAGCAUAUCAGUCACUCAUUUCACAGAUUGAAAUUGGGCUGCAAAAGGGUUACACAGAAGAGGAAAUUACCCAUGCUGUUGUUAGAGCUGUUCAGGCUGGGUUACAACUACGAAGUUAUUUGGAGGGAAUUAAUGGGUUGACAUUAGCACGAUUACGUAAAAUACUACGCUUUCAUUUCCAAGAAAAAACUGCUACCGAGCUCUACCAGCUCUUGGCUAAUAUCAGUCAAGCCCCAAAAGAAAGUCCACAAGAAUUUUUAAUACGUGCCCGACGAUUCGGCAAAAAAUAGUGUUUGCAUCAAUAGAAUCGGAUACCAAGAUCAAAUAUGAUGAAGGGCUUGUCCAAGGCAUAUUCUUGCAUGCUCUAGAAACUGGCCUUGCCGAUGAAACCAUCCGGGCAAAAAUGAGGCCACUACUUAAGAACGAAUCAGUGGCUGAUGAAGAGCUAAUUGAAGUAAUGAGCUCUGCGAUGGCUGCUGAAUCAGAAAGAGCCACGAAGUUCAACCAGGUGGGCCGAGCAAAGCCCUCACCAAAAGUCUCAAAGGUAGAAACCGGAACGCCACCAAGACCUGCAGAGUCACCAAAUGCACAUGAUGGUGAGAUACUGGCCACAUUAAAAGCUAUCCAGGCAGAACUGAAUACAGUUCAGUCCGAGGUGGCUAGCUUGCGGACGAAAGUAGACCAGAAAGAUUCCCCUCAAGGACACCCCCCUUCCAGUACCUUAAUGACGGGUCGUGUUGGUCAAAACCGAAGAAAUGAUGGCCGUCAAGGUGAUUACCCUCCAUUGUGUAAAAAAUGCCACGAAGAGAAUCAAGUUAAUUGUCCUCAUUGUUUCAAAUGUGGAGGAAGAAACCACACUGCCCGAUAUUGCAAGUCGGGAAACGAGAGGAGGCUACCCCUGAGAGACUAG